ACCGCCACCCCUUUUGUCCCUCCUCGGGAUCGUCCCGAUCCAUAUCCACCCGAGCUGCCCCUUCUCCUCCUCGAGUUCAGCAGGAACCCAACAAACAAGCUCCUCUCGAUCCAUCCCAUCGGUUGUGCCUGAGCGGAUGCAGCCGUAGCUUCCCCUCGCAGCUGCAGCGUCUCCACCCUCUGCAUGCAGUGGAGCGCAGCGCUCCUCUUGUGUUGGACGUGUCCAGCUCCCACAGGAGCUAGCGCACGCGUGCAUCGCUGCUCGUAGCCGUCUCCAUCCACGGCCACAACAACAGCAGAAGCUUUCUGCGCCGUCCCAAGGUCCCCAUGCCUAUGACCCCCGUCCGACCUCCCCGCGUCGCGUGUGCGAGCCUGUACCCCGUCGGACCUCGCCACACGCCGCCUCGCGUCUGCCUUGCUCCAGCCCCGCACCUCUGCGUGCCGUCAGCCCGCCUCCACCUCGAACCUAGCUCCCUGCUGCCCCGCGCGCUCGCUGCACAGGCCUCCUGCUCGACCUCGCCGCCGCUUGCCAGCAGCAGCGCCGCAGCAAUCGCAUCGCCCCGCCGGCCGUCCAGAGCCCCGCCGACCGCAUCGAGCCUCCCAAGCCAUGCAUUGACCAAGUUCCUCGCUCGCCAGCCGCUGACUAGAUCGGAUCCAGUGCGCAGCCAGAAAGAGGCCAAGCCUGCGCCGCCACCGCAGGCCCAGCUUCGGCCCGACCGGCCUGUGCUCCCCUCCAAGGCCCUGCUGGCCUCAGCCGAGUCGCUCCGCUGCCCAAGUGCUCCACCAACAAGAUUGUUUCUUCUCGAUAGAGUUCCGAACCGCUUCGGAGUGUGAGGAUUCGUUCGACUACGUUGGUUCGUCUACUUCACGGAAUCGUUCUUCUUCCAAGCGGGAUCACAAGCAAGAUAAUCAGUUUCCUAGAUACCGUUAAUAUCAUUGCCAUGAUAGUUGUCUCGUUUCUUUCGCGAUGCAUCGCUGCCUACCACUUAAAUGUCAGCCUCCCAACAUUUCCAUGAAAAGCCUCUAACCAUUCCACAAACCAACAAACCACUUUUUGACUAUGUUACCACUUGUUGAGCCUUCCUAUAGCGUUGCUAUUGCACGUGCAGUUGCUUCCAUGUGAAAACAUGGGUUCAUUGUUAUAUCA